AUGAAGCUACGUUCUGCAUCCGAUGCUAUCACGGUGACCCAUUUUGGCGGAGCUUCCGUUGAUUUCCUUGCUGACAUGUUGGUCAACCGAAUCGACUAUCCAUCUAUUCGUGUGAAGUUUCCUGGUAACAAAUACCCUGCACCAACUGUGGGGGGCAACUUGCAAGUUCUUGUUCUAUCCGUCCGCAAGGAGACCAAGCAGUGCUUUGGAAACAGAACCAUUUUGAAGUUGGUACUCUUCGAUGGUAGUAACAAUUGUUUCAAAGCUGUGACUGACACUCUUCUCUCUAAAACUUUGCCUGAUGUGAAAAGGGGAAGUUUACUCUCCAUAUCGGAGUACAAUUGGAUCAAACUUACGUCAACCUCGAGUUUCAAGUACAUUCGCAUUAUGAUGAUUACCUGUUUCGAAGCUUUCGAUCCUCCUGCAUGCGAGGGAAAGGAAAUGUUGAUUAUGGAUUAUCCUGAUGAUAACCGUAUUGGCUUGACCGAAGAACAGAUGAAGGCCAACACUACUUCUUUCCAUCCUGACAUUGAGAAAAAGUGUCACAGUACCGGUGAGAUUGUAUUCACUUGUGCCGAAUGCCUCUAUGAUCCGAAGACGAACACGGGCUUCGUCUACUGUAGCAUUGCCAAGAGGUGGCAGCUUGCCUCUGCCGCUCCAGUGUCCAUCAAGUUUCUUAAGCCAGACUUCAAACGCUUGUUUACUACUGGAUACGCUGACAGCAGCGAUGAUGAUUCAACUGUUAUGUACUGCGAAUGCCAGUCCAAGUUCGAUUAUGUGUGCUGUGGAAGGUUCACCUUUUCGAUUGCCACGAUGGACACUGACCUUCUCUUUGACAAAAUGAUUGCCAAGGUCCCUGAGGAAAAAAGGCUUGCCAAGUGCUGGGAUGACUUGGAUGCUCCUAAGAAGCGCUGGUGUGUUUAUAGCUGGAUCGCUCCUAACAUGUACAAUCUCAUGGAGAGGAAGGAACUGCCUGCGUGUACCGGUAUGGUGGAAUAUGUUCGUGAGAAGAUCCCUAACAACCAUGCUGGGCAGUCUUUUACAGGAUUCGUUCCUAGAGCUUACACUCACAAGUCUCUUAUGUCACCCAUGAAAGCUGAUACCCAGUCUGUUGAGGAUGCCGACAAGGAAGACGACAAGGAAGACGACAAGGAAGACGAAAAGGAAGAGGACAACGACUACGGAGAGCCCACUACUGAGGACUUCGAAGCCUACGUCGAAGAGAUGAAGAAAACAGCUUCCAAGAGCGAACAGGAGUAUUGGAUCAUUGCCUUGGAUUUCGCCUCCACCUAUGACAAGAGCACAAUGGAAGAUGCGAAGAAGAUUCUAGAUUUCAAGGAGGAGAAAGAGUCCAGUGACUAA